AUGGGCAGGACCGGCAGGGCCAGGCCGUCUCGGAAACGGCAAACCACCCUAUCGUUUGCUCCUGUCAGUUCGUUACCUCCGACUGGGGAGCCAAGUCGUGUGCGAUCUCAGAAUCUUCACUCGGAGAAGUCAUCACCAAAGGGGGAGAAUGCUGCUACUACGCCCCGGACAAUACCAGAAGAACAGUCUAUCUUCGUCUCAUCUGACGAAGAUCCUAUUCGCCCUCCUUCUAGCAUUAAGCCAAAGACAAGGAAGCGAACAAACCCGGACAUGAAUAAAUCUAGCUCUGGGGAGAGUGAUGAGAUUGUGUCCCCUACGAAGCGUAGAAGGACAACUGUACAGGUUGUUAUUCCUCAAGCACCGGUCACCCGUGACCAGGUCAAAAUAAAACACUAUUCUGAAUCAGACUCUGAUAUAAUUCACUCCUCCCCACUCAGGCAACGGAGGCUUGCCUUAAAGGCCCGUGCCAAAAGAGUCAGAGGCCCUGAUGAAAAGGACCCAGUGCCUGAUGGAUUUGUACAAAAGAGCGGUAAACUGCAACAGCAUGAAAUUGAUCUGGAGGAAGACCUUGAAAUACUUCGCCCUUCUACCAAAGCAGAACGCCAACGGCAACUGGAACUUCUUAAACGUCGGCGUGCUGGAGAUAAAUCAAAAAUGACAGAGAGAAACGAAAAAGGUUCCAACGAUAACAAUCCCGAUAGCCCAGACGAAUCGGAAGAUAAUGAGGACUCCGAAGAUACUACCUCAUCGGAAGAUUCACAAAUGGACGUUGAUAGUGAUGUGGAACCUGCCCUUCCUGAGGAUCUCGAUCAAUACGAUGCUGAUUUUGUUUUGGAGGAUGACGAAGGCGAAUUGGGUGUCCCAGCUGACGAGAUUGAGGUUCCAUUUGAAUUUACUAGGCAUCGAUACAAAAGACUGAAGGAUCAUUUUAGGGACGUUGUUGAAUGGAUGGUUCACAACAAAAUUAAUCCUGCCUUUCGUCGAGAUGAUGCCGUUUAUGAAAUGGCAUUUAGAAAAGUGAAGGAUGAAGUGACGGGUUUGGCAGGCUCUCAGUUUGUAUCGUCAGUCUGGAAUAAGGGGUUUAUAGGCUCUCUCAAAGCAAGGCCGCGGAUCGUGGUCCUCCCUUAUCCAAUUACAGAGGGUCACCCAUGUGAUGCAUGCAAUAGAUCAAAACACCCGGCAUCCUAUGAUAUCCGAUUUGAUGGGCCUCCAUACAUUCAGGAGACACUGGAGUCUAUUGUUGGAGAUGAUAGCAGUGAAGACCAGGCCUCUGAUACUAUGGAGCGUGAAAACGUCGACUGCGAGGGAAACGUGAUACCCAAUGAGAACACACAUUUUUAUCUUGGAAGACACUGUAAAUCAAAAGCAUCCAUGGCCCAUACUCUAAUCCAUUGGCGCUACCACCUCAAUGAAUGGGUGGUUGGCUACUUGGAGAGAAUUGGUAUUCUUGAGAACAGUGGAAUCCUAAAAAGGGAGCAUUGGAGUCAGAAAAAGCGGACAAAAUAUGCCAAUGAGGUUGUCGAUGCUAUGGUUCAGGCAGGAGAGGUCGACAGGCUCUGGAGAGACUUCAACCUCAACUUGAAGACUGCACGAGCUUCAACUGUAGGCUAUUCCCCUUUCCCUUGCUUUUCCGCGUUCUUGAACACGCUGACUCCUGUAUAG